UUUGCGACCGCACCGGCUCAAAUUCUCUCUGGCUAAAGCUACAUCCAUAGACAGAAAAAUAUAAAUCAUAGUGUGAAUAAUACCAGAAGUGAUGCUUCUUGGGGAAUCUUCCGCUCAACGCUUCAAAAUGUAAUUCAGCCACCAGACGCCUCGGAAGACAACAAGCCCCAGUUUGCGUUGAAUCAACACGGUCUGUUUCAUAGUUUUGUUGCAUACUAAAGAGGGAAUCUGGAAAUUCCAUUAGCAUUGCUGAGCUCCUUCACUAAAGCCGGUCUGGGGGCUGGAAGCAGGUCCCACUGUGUAUCCCCCACUUGUCACUCCUGUGCACCACACUGGGCUCUAGUAGCCCCUCCAUGCCUGUGAUCCCCAUCCCACGCAGGGUGCGCAGCUUCCAUGGCCCCCACACCACCUGCAUGCACUCUGCCUGCGGCUCGGCGCACACCAACAAGCUGGUGCGCACCAAGUACAACAACUUUGACCUUUACCUGCGCUCCCGGUGCAUGUACAGCUUCCUGCGCUUCUUGCUGUACUUUGGCUGCAGCCUGCUGACCUCCCUUCUUUGGGUGCUCCUCUCUGCCCUCUUCUUCCUGCAGUACGUCAGUGUGCGCGUCCUCCUUCGGCUGCAGUACAAGCUUUCCGUCAUCCUACUUCUGCUCGGACACCGGCGCCUGGACUUUGGCGUGCUCAACGAUCUGAUUAUCUACAGCAUGCACAUCACCAUGUUUCUGGUGGGGGGACUCGGCUGGUGCUUUAUGGUGUUUGUGGACAUGUAGCUGAACUGCUGAGAAUGUUGAAAAGACUGAAAGGGCGCAAUGAGGAGGCAUCACACGGCAACUUGAGCAUCAUGUGGCGCUAGACGGGAAAGUACCUGUGACAUUUUUUGCGAUGCAACUGUUGCUCAGCUAAGAUUUGUCAUCCUUAAAAAAGAAAUUCUGUCUUGCUAGACUUCUGAUCCAUUCAACACCAAGUCACAUCACUAUUUCGUCUUUAUAAACAAACCAUCAGGGUUCUGUGUACUUGAUCCAUUGAUAAAGUUUUGAUCAUUGAUCAUGCUUAUUAAAUGUUUUGAAAAAUUGUGUAAAUAAUUUGCCAUAAAAAUGCUGAAAUAGCACAUAGAAGCUUCUUAAAAUCUCAUUACGAUCAGGGGAAAAAAAUCAUCUUCCGUCUUGCUCUUGUUAAUUGUGGUUGACUCAUAUACUCAUAUUGACUCAUAUAAAUAAUAAAUUAUAGAAUUUGAUUAAACCAACCAUAGCUUUGACUGAUAUAUAUUUUAUAUGAUGUGUCAAGAAAGCUCAUUUGCUUACGGACAAUUACUUUGAACCUUCAGUUGUCAAGGCCGAUAAAAAUGGAAACAUUUUCACUAAAAUGUGAGAAAACAAGUAUGAAACUGCAAAAGCACAACAUGGCAGAGGAGCGCACUGACCUCUGUCCACCUGACCGGCAGUAGUUUCAAAACUCUUUAGCUCCUGACCCACAAAAUAGCAAUGGACACUUGUGACCCCAAGUUUUGAUUGAAUUUAUACUUUUUAAUCAAAUUCAAUUAAAACAGAUGAAAUAAAAAUUGGAUAACAGCUUAUAUAAUUUCAAAGAAAUUGCCUUUACUCACUUCUAAGUGCAAUUUUUUAAAACAUAUUUUUUAAUAAUUAAAAAAUAAAUAUGUUUUACCAUAAUCCUUAUUCAGUUAAAUUCCUAAAGAGGAUCCCAUUACGCCACACAAGUUGAUUUGUGACUUCAAAUGAAAUUCCAUUUUAAAAAUGUACUGAACAGUUGUUAAAAAAAUCUACAUUGUUUCUUUUCAGUUAGAAAAACUAAAAUUACUUUGUUGUCUUCUCACAUUAAGAUACAGACUAAUUAAUUUGACAAACUAUUUAAAGAAAGACAUUUGUUGGGUUAUUGUUUAAUGGAUGGAGGUCUUUGUAUGCAGUUGUUUGAAACCAUAUACAUCCAAUAUGGAAAAAACAAUACACUCAAACUUACUAGAAGGGGACCAGCAACUUGUAUUUCAUAAAUUUGUAAACCUUUUCAUCAAAAUAAGUGUUUGUUUUAUAAAGCUAUGACUAACUAUAACAGGAAAUGUGAAGGUCACAGUUGCAUGAAAUACUGACGUAUGACUGUAUGAUGCAAGUUUGUCUUUUGUUUCGACAUAUCUUGAGGUUUGCUCUAAAAGCCACAGAUACGUUUGGCUAUAUUAGGCCCUGUGCAAACGUUAUCUUUUAAAUAUACAUUUAUAUUCCAGAUUAAGUAAAUGUGCAGUUAUAUGUCAACCCAUGGAAGCGAAAAAGGAGCACUGAUGUGUGAUUUUGUGGUUAGUGUGACAUUUAACAUGUUUUUUUUUUUAAGUUAUUUAAUAAAUAUUCUUGUCUGUUGCAUUGUUAUUUAAAAUGCAAAGCCAAGGGAAUGUGUUUACCAUGCAGUCCUGCACCCAUGAUAUCAUGCCUCGAGCUGUGUCAUAAGAGUGUGUGACAGUUCAACUUGAGAACGCCUCUGGGUCAAGUGUUCCAUCAGUCGCUCUUCACAUGGUCUCAGAGUCGCUCUGACAGACUUCUCUGUUUAGCUUCCUCUGGCACACAACCACAACUGGACGCCUCUGUUUCUGCCAAGCAUAACAAUGGACAUGGCUGGCUCCCAACAGCCUUAUAUAGCCUCAUUUACACUUGGCAUAAAGGAAGCUAACAGGAACUGCUGAGACCUCUGGCUGAGCUGAAAUAUGCAUUUUAGUACUUAAUUCUAAGGAACUGAACAUUUUAUUUAAUAUAGAUUUUGG